AUGCGCAUGCGUCUCAUGGAGGGUUGUCAAACUCCUCUCCGGGGGUGUGAGACCCCCCAGGGCAGGAUCGAACACGUCCAGAGCGUUUGUGAGCCCUCUUCCCCCACGCACAUCAUCACAAAAGCUCAUACUACUCUUCUCCCUACUCCCAUCCCAGCCACCUUAGCCCUCUCCCCCUGCACACACAUACACACACCUGUGAGUACUGGUGAGUGGGUGGGGCAACAGCGGACGCACAAACCACCUGGGUCGGGUCCACUAGAGAGGGGAGAGGCAGGCAUGAGAAAAACACUUGAAUGUGUCUCCGUGCGUAAACACGGCCAGAAGUUUUCAACACUACUGCAGCAACUCUAUCACCCUUUUGGAUUCUCCUCUCUUCCACCAGUAAUAAGUGAAUGCACUGGGGGCGAAAGUUCUCGACCUAGCGGCGUUGGUGCUCUCUGCCCCAGGGUGUGGUGGCCCGCGGUGCACUCCCGCAAGUUCAGUACGAUCUCGCUCCGGGAGUAUCGAUUUCCUUUGGUGCUCAAGUGCAUGCACGUACAUGCAAGCACGUACGCACGCGUGCAUGCACGCUCUGCUAUCCCGCAUGACCGCGUACCGUCAGGCCGGCCUCCCAACUCAGCUGCUCAACAGACCCUGUGCUACGGCAUUGAAAACUAUUUCCAGGCGCCUGCAUAA